UGGAUAUUCUGGAGGAAGUGUUCUUAUUGAUACUGGGAAACAUGGUUACAGUGCUAAGGACAUGUAUAAGUUACCUGAAUGGAGAAGAAUAAAAAAUGAUAAGAAACAUGAUCAACUAAUUAAUGAGGACAGAUUAUCAGUGUUUCGCAACAGCAAGGGAACCCUCUUGAUCUUCAUCAGAGAACUGAAUCAACAUGAUGCUGGAAGAUACAGGAUUGGGGUUUCAGGCACGAGGCCUGAAUAUAUGAAUUUAUUUGUGUUAGAGGAUAUUUGUUGUGGGAUGUCAAAGAUAUUAAUUGUGAAUCGUGGAGAUAAUGUCAUGAUUAGCUGCAACUAUUCAGAGAAACAUAAAAAUGAUCCCAAAAUCAUGUUCAAAAAAGAAAAAGCCUCAAUAGAGUUGAUUUACACCACUGAGACAUGGGGAAAUAAAAAAGGAUUGAGUUUUUCAGAAGAACGGGAAGAAAACACCUUCAGUGUGACAAUUACUGCUGUGACACCAGAUGAUGGAGGAGUUUAUUUAUGUGGAGUUUGGAUCAACAGAUACUUGUACAGUUACUCCAUUAUUAAUACUGUUCAUCUACAUAUUGUUGAUAAGCAUAAAUUGGCUACAUAUAGAGUGAGCGGCUACUCAGGAGGUGGUUUGAUGAUCAAGUGUGAACAUCCUCAAUACAAAACCAAACCAAAAUACAUCUGUAAAGAAUCAGAUGGAUGUUCAGAGAGGAAGAAUCCAGGAGUUCAGGAUGAAUGGAUGGAGAAUGGAGAUGUUUCUUUAUAUGACGACACCAGAGCAGGAGUCUUGAUGGUGUUUUUUAGAGAACUGAAAGCUGCAGAUGCUGGAACAUACAGGUGUGGAGUGAAUGUAUCUCACUAUACUGAGAGAUUCACUGAACUUCAGCUGAACGUCAAACACGAUGCAAAAUAUCCAAAGAGUGUGACUGAAUCUGUGUAUCUUGGUGAAGAAAUCAACAUCACCUGUCAGAUCCCAGAGGAACAUAAAGUUCAUUUCUGCAAAGAGGAUGAUAAUCACAUCUGCCAAAACAUCAGCUCAUCUAAAGUGACACAAAUGAAUGGUUCAUCUGAGAGAAAUGAAGAGAGAGUUUUUACAGUGAUCAUCAGUAAUGUGAGUGUGAGAGAUGCUGGAGUUUACUGGUGUGGAGCAGAAACCAGAGACACAUAUUUGACUUUCAUCUCCCUGAACACUAAAAUUCAGCUCAUCGUGAUCACUAAAGUGAGCGUGUCUAGAGUGAGCGGCUACUCAGGAGGUGGUUUGAUGAUCAAGUGUGAACAUCCUCAAUACAAAACCAAACCAAAAUACAUCUGUAAAGAAUCAGAUGGAUGUUCAGAGAGGAAGAAUCCAGGAGUUCAGGAUGAAUGGAUGGAGAAUGGAGAUGUUUCUUUAUAUGACGACACCAGAGCAGGAGUCUUGAUGGUGUUUUUUAGAGAACUGAAAGCUGCAGAUGCUGGAACAUACAGGUGUGGAGUGAAUGUAUCUCACUAUACUGAGAGAUUCACUGAACUUCAGCUGAACGUCAAACACGAUGCAAAAUAUCCAAUGGAUGUGACUAAAACUGCUUAUCUUGGUGAAGAAGUCAACAUCACCUGUCAGAUCCCAGAGGAACAUGAAGUUCAUUUCUGCAAAGAGGAUGAUAAUCACAUCUGCCAAAACAUCAGCUCAUCUAAAGUGACACAAAUGAAUGGUUCAUCUGAGAGAAAUGAAGAGAGAGUUUUUACAGUGAUCAUCAGUAAUGUGAGUGUGAGAGAUGCUGGAGUUUACUGGUGUGGAGCAGAAACCAGAGACACAUAUUUGACUUUCAUCUCCCUGAACACUAAAAUUCAGCUCAACAUCAUCAUGAGACACAAAGGAGAAUCUGUUGAGACUACAACUAGUCCAUUUAUGACAGAGAUCACAGAUUUCUCCAUGAUCAUCAUUAUGAGUGUGUGUGUGAUUCUGCUGCUGAUCAGUGGAUUCACUCUGACUGUGUGGAAAUUAAGACACGAGAGACGAGGAAGAACCUCGACAUCAGGCAAGAGAAAGAAAAAUACAAUGUCAUCACAUGCAGACAGCAGACGUGAUUCUCUCACAGAUCCUGGAUUAGCCCAAACUAACAGUCAUGAUGAUCCACCUACAAUCCCCUCUGAUGGGCUCCUGUACGCUGCUGUCAGUUUCCAGAAGCGUGAAGAGUCUCUCAGUGACGCUACAGUCAGAUUCAGCUGUUUUCUGUCCAGCUCAAAGCCACAGAAAACAGUUUGACAGUUCAGGGUCUAAGUUUAGUUUGACUGUGACGAUUAAACAGACAGUGAACAGUGAACAGACUAUGAAGAUUAUUCAGGAAACCCACAGUGAGACACAUGAGACUGAACAAACAGAAGAUGAACAUCUAUCGUGAGCAAAAGACAUCAAAGACUAAGAGCUGCUCAUUCAGCUCACUUACUGAAAAUGUUGAAUUGAAGAAAAGACUGAAAAAUGUUUAUGAUCAACAAUUUGUCCAUGUGUGAUUUGACAGUAUUACU